GUAGGUUUAGGAUGGAGAUGGGAUCCAGGGGUUGGAGAUGGGAGACGGGUAGGUUUAGGGAUGGAGAUGGGAUCCAGGGAGUGGAGACAGGAGAUGGGUAGGUUUAGGGGUGGAGGUAGGAUCUAUUGGGUGGAGACGUGUAGGUCUAAAGGUGGAGAUUGGAUCCAGGGAGUAACACCAGGAUCAUUGCAGUACCUAUAAUGAAUGGCUGCUGAAAGACACCACUGACCCUGGCAACGAGACGUUACAUUAGUGCUGCUGGUGUCAUGUGAACACAAUCAUUUAGCAAAUGAUUUCUCGGGCGCUUUGGUGCUUGCAGUGUUUCCUGGGUUCUAAUGCAAGAGGGAGUUGUUAACCAGUGAAAGGAAGCCCCAAAUUUCCCUGCUUCUUUCCUACAGACUUUUAGAGGCAACAUAGUCGCAUCCUGACCACAAACUGCAGGUUGCAUUCAUUCACAGCAUGACUGUUGCCACAGGCGACCCAGCUGAUGAAGCCGCAGCUCACCCGGGUCAGCCACAGGACACGUAUGACCCGGAACCAGACCAUGAGUGCUGCGAAAGGGUGGUCAUUAACAUCUCUGGCCUGCGCUUUGAGACGCAGCUCAAAACUCUGUCCCAGUUCCCCGAGACAUUGCUCGGGGACCCCAAAAAGAGAAUGCGCUACUUUGACCCUUUGAGGAACGAGUACUUUUUCGACAGGAACCGCCCAAGUUUUGACGCCAUUCUGUAUUAUUACCAGUCAGGCGGCAGGCUGCGGAGGCCUGUCAAUGUGACAUUGGAUAUUUUUUCUGAGGAGAUACGUUUUUAUGAGCUCGGGGAAGAAGCCAUUGAGAUGUUCAGAGAGGAUGAAGGAUUUAUUAAGGAAGAGGAGAAACUCCUGCCAGAAAAUGAGUUUCAGAGGCAGGUGUGGCUGCUCUUUGAGUACCCUGAAAGUUCAGGGCCUGCCCGGAUUAUUGCCAUCAUUUCGGUCAUGGUCAUCCUCAUAUCUAUAGUCAGUUUUUGCCUAGAGACACUUCCGGUUUUUCGCAAUGAGGACCUGGACCACAAAAUUCCCAUGGGCUCCAACUCAACAAUUACUUACACCUCCACCUACUUUACUGACCCCUUCUUCAUCCUGGAGACCCUUUGCAUCAUAUGGUUCUCCUUCGAGUUCCUAGUGCGUUUCUUUGCGUGUCCCAGCAAAGCAGGCUUCUUUGUCAAUAUAAUGAACAUCAUUGAUAUUGUGGCUAUAAUACCUUACUUUAUCACCUUGGGCACAGAGCUAGCAGAGAAGCCAGAGGAUGGCCAACAAGGGCAGCAAGCCAUGUCACUUGCCAUCUUGAGGGUCAUCAGAUUAGUACGAGUCUUCAGGAUCUUCAAACUGUCCCGGCACUCGAAAGGGCUGCAGAUUCUUGGGCAAACGCUCAAGGCCAGCAUGAGGGAGCUAGGGUUGCUUAUCUUCUUUCUCUUCAUCGGAGUCAUCCUCUUUUCGAGUGCCGUCUACUUCGCUGAGGCGGACGAGCCUGACUCACAGUUUAUUAGCAUCCCCGAUGCCUUCUGGUGGGCCGUGGUCACAAUGACGACAGUAGGGUAUGGUGACAUGGUUCCAACUACUAUCGGAGGCAAAAUUGUGGGAUCCCUGUGCGCUAUCGCUGGUGUGCUGACCAUUGCCUUGCCCGUUCCUGUCAUAGUCUCAAACUUCAACUACUUCUACCAUCGAGAGACAGAAGGCGAGGAACAGGCCCAGUACCUUAACGUGACCAGCGUCCCCACGAUAGACUCCUCGGAGGAUCUGAAAAAGAGCCGCAGCGGGUCAACCAUGAGCAAGUCUGACUACAUGGAAAUUCAAGAAGCUGUUAACAACAGCAACGAGGACUUUCGAGAGGAGAACAAGACUGGCAACUGCAACCUAACCAACACAAACUAUGUUAACAUCACCAAAAUGCUUACAGAUGUAUAACCGCUUUGAACAGCCUUGAAAGACAAGGUGGAAUAAAGUAGGGGAGUGCAAACCCCGGUUUUGAAGGCUUCAGACGCCUCGUGCAAGAGUUUCAAGACGGGGGAACUGAAAUGCGUCCAUUUGAGCGAAGGAUCAAUAUUGAAGACCUGUACAUCAUUCCAUCCCCAUUACCUGCCACAAGUUCUGGAAAACUUGAUUGUUGGGGGACGUUGUUUUGCAUCGUCGUGUUCAGUGUCUGCAUGGAGUUUGUCUUUUCUGUGUGACUGUUCUAGUAGUCGUUCUGCUUGCAACAGUAGCCAAAUCGUAGCCUAAUCAAUAGAUACAUGCGUAGCAUAGAUGGACCAAUUCCAGACUCCCAUUCCCCAUUCACUGCCAACCUGAGGACCCCUUGAGUCUUGUGUGUAUUUAUACCUUGGGAGAACAACAAUUUUGUCACUCCAAUUGACCGAGUUAAUGUUUAUUCAUGAAGAAUCACCAUGGAGGAUGUAUUUCUCUGCAAAUGCACAAAUGCUGCCUGUCCUGCCAGCCACAACAGCAUUCCAUGUGUGGUACCUAAAAAUAUAGCAUUCCAUCUUGUGACAGAGAUAUACUUGCAGGCACCAACCUUGGGGGCCUGGAAAGCCAGUUAAACUGCCCCUUUUCUCUAUCUCUAUGACCAUUUUUCCCUCUUUUGCUGCCAACGUUCUACGAUCGUACUGUGUCACAUGUUAGAGUAAGCAGACCUGAAAGUGGAGCGGAGAUUGUUUUGAAGUCGCCCAUUUCCCCAAUGUCGUAAUUCAACUAUACUGCAUGAGCAGCUGCCCUCCAUUGCAUCAUUUCCACCUGUCACUUACUUUUUCCAUCAUUGUAAACUUCCAAGCAUUCCAUGUGUAUGAGAAAUGUGUUUUGUGACGAACGUCUACCCCUACAAGCGCCUGACGAGGGGUUACAGGAGUGUAGAUAUUUUACUGUGACAUUGCAGCCAACAACAGCAAAACACUAGCUCACUAAGUCAGGUCACCAAAGAUGAAGUUCACUGCCGCUAUUUAUUGCAUUUUUAUGUUGUUUUUACAUUGUAGUGCCAUUUCAUGGUGCAUCCUGCUCAUAAUAUGAUGCUGGAGAAUUUGGAUAAAACUUGUGUGAAAAUGA